UCAAGCUUGUUAAAUAUAUACACAUUUAUCUCUUUUUUUCCUUUUCUUGUGAACCACCAUAUGCAUUGAUAAUUUGAUAUCAUCCAACUAACAACGAGAUAUAUAUUGAUAAUACUGGUUAUUGAUAGUUCGUCUGUGAAAAUUUGGAUAAAAAUGAAUUUACAUCACAUGCAUCAAAUAGAGUCAACGAUAAACUUAUUAAGCAAACAAAUGUCUGAAUCGUACCAUAUCAAACACAAACCCAAAUAUAUGAUAAAACAUGAAAACUAAUGGCUCGAGAAAAAAUGAAAGUAAAUUACACAAACACGACGCUGGCCAAUUUAAUAAUAAUCUCAAACUAGGAGCAAAUGAGCUGCAACAAGGAACGAAAUUGCUACGACGUCGUUUCUUACAUUGAAUGCUCCGGAAUCUGGAGAGGCCAUUGCCGGUGGCAUGGGUCCCGGAGAAGGAGAAGACUCCAUUCCCGGCAUCAUCGGUGGCGAAGCCAUAUCAGGGACUGUUUCUGGACUUGGGGCCAUAGUAGUUGGUGGGCUCAUUGGACUUGAAGAUGGAGUCAUUGGCAUCGGAGCCAUGGGCAUUGGUGGUGGAGUCAUAGGCAUAGGUGGUGGAGCCAUAGCCAUAGGUGGUGGAGUCAUCAUUGGCAUAGGUGGUGGAGUCAUCAUUGGCAUUGGAGAGCCGCCGCUAGGCAUUGGCGGCAUGGACAUGGAGCCAGAAGGAGCCAUCAUGGGAGAUUGAGCUAAAGAGAAAUGAACUAAAACCA